UAUAUAUAUAUAUAUAUAUAUAUAUAUAUAUAUAUAUAUUUUAUAUAUAUUUAAUAUCAUAAGUAUUCAUGGCGCCUUACACAACAUUAAGGUUUUUAAAAAGAGCGGUUGCUUUACUCUUAUUCUACGUCACAUACGUGAAAUGCUUCUCACCUGAAGUGAAAUGUGGGGGGAGGAUCCGAGAGACAGCGGGUUCAAUCAUAAGUCCGAACUAUCCUAAUGAUUACCCAGCAAACGCGGAAUGCGUUUGGGUGAUACAUGUUCCCAAACCGUUCUUCGUUAUUAUCCAUUCAACGUUUUUUCGCCUGGAAAGCGACUGCAAUUUUGAUCAGUUGGUUAUAGAAGACUAUGGCCACACAUACAAUUCAAAGAGCAGCGAUAAACAAACAUUUUGUGGCAAGAUGUUUGUUUAUUUUAAAUCUGUUACCAAUAAAGUGAGGAUUACCUUUAAGUCGGACUUUGGUACUAGCUACAAAGGAUUCAAUUUAAAGUUUUAUUCUAUGGAUAAUAGUUUCGGCUCUGGUCCAGUGGAUUGGUGCAACCAAACUCGAAUUGAUGGUCCUGGCUUUUUGACCAGUCCUGGCUACCCAAGACAACACCAAUUUUCGGGUGACUGCUUUUACCAUAUAAAGGCUCCAAUUGGAAAGAGAAUCAAACUGGAAUUCUUGGAUUUCGAUCUUGAAGAAAACACUCGAUGUGCCUACAAUUACCUGCAGAUUAUCGAUGGACCAGAUAUAUAUUGUCCUAGUAUUGGAAGGUACUGCGGUAACCAAGUCCUGUCCUUCAUUUACUCCAGCGGAUCUGAUCUGUACCUUAGGUUUUCGUCAAUAAGCGGUAUCUACACGAGCACCGGAUUUCUGGCCCAGUUCAGCUUCCAUACAUCGACCGUUACGGACCACACCAACCAGUCAGGAUCAGAUGAUUACUUAGAAAACGUAGCAGAUUGUAACCAAAUCAUUGAAGAAAAGAUUGUGAAAAUACAAUCACCAGGUUACCCAGAAUCCUACCCGGCUAACGCUAGAUGUGUCUACAUCAUACGAUCGCCAGUUGAUGAAACUGUCACUCUUACUUUUCAUAAGAUGGUUCUAGAAGAUUCGGAGAAUUGUGACUUGGACUACGUGAAAGUUAAAGAUGGAGAGACGGCAGUUCCAUUUACUCCGCGUUCUGUCGAUACACCGUUCAAUGAGACUCGCGAAUGUAUAUUUUUGAUGUUUUACAAGAAAAGAACAUCGUCUAACCACAUCCUAUUUUUUUAA